AUGAUUUUGAAUCAUUUCUUUGUCCUGUUUUUGGUGGUUCUUUCGACAAAGGGUUCUUUGCAUCAGCUUGCAUUUCCUCGCAAACAUCCGGAUUUAGAUUGGCCCCAAAACUGUGGCGUGGCUUACUUCCAGCCAAAUGUAUUUGCAAAGAUAAUUGCAGGCAAUGAAGCAAGACCGCAUUCUUGGCCCUGGCAAGUUUCUUUACAGGUCCGCUCCACGCCAAGGGACAGAUUCGUCCACGUCUGUGGGGGCACCCUCAUCCACAAACGCUGGGUUCUCACAGCUGCCCACUGCUUCCAGAAGGGACAGGGAGAAGAUGUCAGGAACUGGCGAAUUCUUCUUGGCAAGCAUAAUCUUCACCACCCUGAAUCCACAGAGCAAAGCUACCGGGUGAAGCGGAUUUAUCGGCAUGAAUGUUUCCAGUACCCUCAGCGAAAUGAACUGGAGUAUGACAUAGCUUUGGUCAAGCCAGUGGGAGACAUUGUGGCCAACAGGUUUAUCCAUUAUGCCUGCCUGCCAAAGAGAGACAGCUUUCUCCGUCCGGGACAUGCCUGCUGGGUGACUGGCUGGGGGGGCACAAGAGGUGGGAAAGAAAACUUCACUCUCUCCGAGGUUUUGAACCAGGCUCAGUUACCAAUCAUAGACUUCCACACAUGCCAGCUCAAGAAAUUCUGGGGAGACAAAGUCCACUUGUCAAUGAUCUGUGCUGGACUGAAAGAUACUGCAGGGUCUCCUGCUGCCUGCCAGGGAGACUCGGGUGGCCCACUUCUUUGCCAGAAUGGGAGAGAUACGUGGGAAGUCCACGGAGUCGUUAGCUUUGGACCAGUUGGGUGUCAGCUGCAGAACAAGCCCACAGUCUUUACUAGAACAUCUGCGUAUAUUUCUUGGAUUGAAGCUAUCAGGAUGCAGGAUCUAUUUUUUUGCCCGGCCGCUCGCUCUUCGCCCUUCCUGAGCGCCGCCCGGCCGCCGUCCUCCCGCGGGCGUUGCCGGGCGGCUUGCCAGCUGCCCGCCCCUGCCGACGUGCGAGCCUCCGUCCCGGCCGUGGCGGCGCUGGCCACGUGGGCGCGGGGAGAGGCCUGGGGGCGGGCCCGGAGCCGGUGCUGCGACGCCGGCCCUUAA